AUGAUUCAUGAUCUUCAGUCUGCUUAUUUUCUAUACAAACAUUCUGGUGAGUCAGAUUUUGGCAUCAUUGAUGGUGCGCUAACCAGAUCCCGGGAAAAUAUUGUAUUUCUUCUUGAGACAGAUAUCAAGAAAUCAUGCACCAUCAUCUUCUUUGACUAUUACCCACCGGGAGAUCCACGGCUAGUUAUGGAUUUUAUAAUGUUCCUUUUAGGGACUAUGGAGGAUCUUUUCUAUCAUAGACGGGAGAAGCUAAUGGUUGCCAUUAGACAGAAGCUAAUGCUCUUAAGGAAUCUCAUUGGCUUUGCCACAAUGCGAGGCGUUGACUGUGCACAAUUGACAGAUCUCUCGACUCACAUUGCAAUUGUGGCAGCACACCUGAUUUCUGUAUGCCGAUUUGACAGUGAUGAUGAACAAGUACACAAUCAAAUGGAAUCUGAAAUUUAUCAGUUGAUACACGAGAAGAUAAAUCCUCUUUGUCCCCAAGUCCGAGAAACUUACAUCCAUGUCCUGACAGCUUCAAAGAAACAAUCAAGAUCAUCAUAUGCUUUAGCCCUUGGGGAGAAUGAGCAUCCAGUAGCAGUCCAAUUUAUUGAUUCUCUCCAAGAUUAUCUCACAGAUCUACUAGAUUCUUAUGCCAGUUUCCAGGUUGUGGUGAAGGAUCAAAUGCUAAAAUUCCAUCAGGGAGUAAGGUACUUGAAAGGCCUUCUUAAACAGGAGGAGCAACUAGGUGAUGAAAUAAAGGAUAUUGUUGGAGUUGUGCUCUGCGAUGCAGCAAUUCUGGUCUUCUCCCUUUCUGUCAAUGAAAUCAAAGAAGGCAUGCCCAAGGAAAUAGAUCUUGGACUGUUUAAUUUGUACAAAUUUCUCAAGUAUAUGAUGGCAGAGAUUGCACACAACUAUCGACUAACAUCCCCAUAUUCAUCAAUUAGUUAUCCUAGAUCUAAUGAGUUGGGGUGUAUGGAUUUUUUCCUAGAAAAUCUCAAGGAAAUAACAAGGUAUGAUGAGGCUGAUGAUUCAAUUGUUUUCCUAUUGGAUCGAAUCCGAAUGGUCCAGAAAGAUCUCAUAUUCUUAAGAUCUUUCCUAGAGAAUAUCAAGGACAAGCGCUGUCAAAAUGGAAAACUCCAAGCAUUCUGGCAUCAUGUUAUGGAGGCUGCAUAUAAGGCUGAGUUACUGAUUGACUCGACACUUGUUGGUGAUAAAUGUGAGGAUGCUUUGGAUGCUGUUGCUAGAGAAAUCAAUCAUCUGAAGAUUAAGGCCCCAGAGAUCCAUAAUGGUCAAGCCCAAAGAGUUAACCAGACUUCCAUUCACAUACCAUCACAACUUAUUGCCACCAUAUGCAAUGGAGAUCUGGUGGGUCUCGAUGACAAGGUGGAAACUAUCACUCAUCGACUUAUGGGAGGAUCAAAGCAGCUGGAUGUCAUUCCCAUUGUAGGUAUGCCUGGGGUUGGUAAGACCACAUUGGCUAAUAAAGUUUAUACUGCUCCUUCAGUUAUGUCACAUUUCCAUGUUCGUGGCUGGUGUUGUGUUUCUCAGACAUAUAGCAUGCACAGUUUGUCAGUUCAGCUUUUGUGCACUAUUUUGUCUAAGAGUCCUGAUGAGUACCUUAAAAAGGAUGAAAAUGAUUUGGCUGUGAAGCUAAAACAAGUUUUGCUGAGAACUAGGUAUCUCCUUGUUUUGGACGACUUGUGGGAUGUUGAGGCAUGGAAUUUGUUGGAAAAAGUAUUGCCAAAUGAUGUCAAUGGAAGCAGGAUUCUCUUCACCAGUAGAUUUCAGAACUUGUCUUUGCAAUCCAAACCUGAUAUCAAACCUUUCCAUCUCUGUCAACUUACUGACGAAGAAAGUUGGACAUUACUCCAGAAAAAGCUAUUUGACAAAGAAAGCUGUCCUCCAACACUAAGUGAAGUUGGAUCUCAAAUAGCAAAAUCUUGUCGGGGUUUACCCCUCACAGUUGUCCUUGUUGCUGGAAUUCUUGCUACUACUGCACAAGAUUGCUGGGAAGAAGUUGCAAAAUGUCUGAGUUCUAGUGUCCUUGACAAUGAAUAUUGCAUGAAGACACUUGAACUAAGUUAUAGUCAUUUACCAGAUUAUUUGAAGCCAUGCCUUCUAUACUUUGGUGCAUUUCAAGAAGAUGAGGUUAUUAAUGUUCGAAGGUUAUUAUGGCUUUGGAUCUCUGAAGGAUUUGUGCAACAGACUGAAGGAAAGAGCUUAGAGGAAGCGGCUUACGACCACUUGAUGGCCCUAAUUAAUAGAAGUUUAGUUAUGGUUACCAAACAAAGAACUAUGAGUGGUGCCAAAACUUGCCAACUUCAUGAUUUGGUACACGAGUUUUCUGUGGAAAAAGCCAAAGAAGAAAGUUUUCUACACGUUAUUCGUAGUUGGAAAGAUCCUUUCAGCCUUACUGGACCAAGCAACCACCAUCGAGUUUAUGCUCACAACACCAGGGAAUUGAAGACGUGGGAGUUGGUGCUAAUUUUUCCCAAUUUGCGCAGUUUGCUCUUGUCUGGACAUGAUUAUUUGAUGUUUGAGAAGGCGGAUUCAGGGAUUUUGUUGCCUAAACUUCUUAGAGUGUUAGAUUUGGGGGAUUUGAACUUUCGUAGAUCAUUUCCAAUGGAAGUGGUAUCACUUGUUCACUUGAGGUACCUGGCGCUCAGUGGAAUAACAUCCAUCAAAUCUGUAAUAGCCAACCUCUCAAGGUUAGAAACUCUUAUCAUAAAAGAUGCGUGUAAUAAUGUCAUGCUGCCGAAUACUAUUUGGAACAUCAAGACAUUGAGUUAUCUACAUGGGAGUCGUGGUUUUAUUUUUCCAGCUGGAAAUCUUGAAGUAUCCCCAAAUUUAGAUCGCUUAGACACUUUAGACCUUGCAAUUGACCCCUCCUCUCAAAGCUUGCAAAAGAUACUGACAAAAUUGCCAAGCAUCCGCAGGCUAAAAUGCAGGGAAGCUGAUGUAUUAGGAGAAUCUACCAGAAAUUGCAAUGAGAUUCUUGCAUUUGAUUGUUUGAGUCAACUAGAAUCACUUCAUUUGAAUGGUUUUGAUGGAUAUGGAUUUAAAUUCCCAUUGAAUUUGAAGAAAUUGGCUCUCUCAUGGAAUACACAGCCGUGGAGUGAAAUUUCAACAGUUGGAGAGUUGCCCAAUCUUGAAGUACUUAAAUUACUCGAGGACUCCUUUGUCGGGGAAAAAUGGGUAAUGAAAGAAGGGGAGUUCCCUAACCUCCGAGUCCUGGAAUUGUCGGACUUGGACAUUUGCAAAUGGACUGCAAAUUCUGAUAAUUUUUCCCGACUUGAGAAAUUGGUUUUGCUUGGUUGCAAGAACCUGAAAGAAGUCCCUUAUUGUUUAGGGGAGUGCGAGACUCUUGAAAUGAUUGAGGUGAAAGGGUAUCGUGAGUCUCUUGUAAGUUCUGUAAAGCAAAUUCAGGAAGAACAAAUGGAUAUGGGAAAUGAGAUUCUAAAGGUCGUAAUUGAAAAUUGA